AUGGCACCAUCACCCAUCAUCCAGGCAACGCUGCAAUCUUCCCUCUUGGCAGCCUUGUCCAACAUUCUAGCGCAAGCCAUCACCGCAUACCGGAACAACGUGACCGUGACGAUAGACUGGGUGCCCGUGUUCCAAUAUGUCAUCUUCACCGUGGUGAGCACGCCGCCAAACUUUCUCUGGCAAGACUUUCUCGAGUCGACAUUCCCCGCAUAUCCCCAACCCCCCUCCAAGAAACAGCAACCCUCAGACUCCAAGAAAUCCCCAUCAUCACAGCCCCCUCCCGCCCCAAAACUCUCCAUCGUCAACACCAUCCUCAAGUUCCUCCUCGACCAGACCGUCGGCGCCGCGCUCAACACGCUCCUCUUCAGCACCUUCACCCGCUCCCUGCGCCACGCCAUGGUCCACGCCCCGCGCAUCACCAACCUGCCCGCCGCCGCAAAGUUCUGGUCCAGCCCCGGCGCCGUCGACUUCAACCGCGUCGACUUUGGGCUUGUCUGGGCAGAGGCAAAGGCCGAGUUCUGGGCGCUCAUGUUUGCCGCCGCCAAGCUCUGGCCCGCCGUGUCGCUCAUCAACUUUACGCUCGUCAAGUCUGUGCAGGGGAGGAACUUGGUGGGUGCGUUGGCGGGAGUUGCGUGGGGGAUUUACAUCUCUUUGGCCAUGGGCAACUGA